CGCGCCGUUCUAAGGUCUGAUUGCUUUGUUGUCCGAACCCUAAGCUCGAGGAUUCCCGGCCUCGAACUUUAAAUCGAAGAGCCUGAAGCCCCUAUUUCAAGUCCUAACCUGUUUUCAUUGAGAUUGUUUGGUAGGAUACGACUUGGCUGCUGAUAUUGUGACGAGACUCAGAUAUAACCGGAAGGAAGGUUUAAUUCUGCGCAUGGGAGCUACAGAAAUAAAACAUAUGGAAAGGGAACGAACCCGGAAACGGCCUCGUUUAACGUGGGACGAUGCCCCAUCUUCUGAGACCGAGGCGCAAAGGGCUCUUGUGAUGGGCGAUGGAGUGUUUCAAAAUAGGCAUGCAUCGCCUCCAAGAAGGGACGACGAUCGUGAAGGCCAUUACGUGUUUAGUCUUGGCGAAAAUCUCACUCCUAGAUAUAAAAAAUCCUCCAGCAAGAUGGGUGAAGGCACGUUUGGUCGAGUUUUGGAAUGUUGGGACCGCCAAACACGAGAAUAUGUGGCCAUCAAAGUAGUUAGAAGCAUACCAAAGUACCGUGACGCAGCAAUGAUUGAGGUUGAUGUGCUUCAACGUCUAGCCAAGAAUGAGAGAGGCAAUUCACGUUGUGUACACAUUCGGAACUGGUUUGAUUACCGGAAUCAUAUUUGUAUUGUGUUUGAGAAGCUUGGACCAAGCUUAUUUGAUUUUCUUAAGAGAAAUAAAUACUGCCCAUUCCCUGUGGAUCUUGUUCGGGAAUUUGGACGACAGCUUUUGGAAUCUGUAGCAUAUAUGCAUGACCUACGCCUAAUCCACACUGACCUGAAGCCAGAAAAUAUACUUCUGGUUUCUGAAUUCGUAAAGAUCCCUAGCUGUAAGAGGGUUUUCUCAGACGAAAUGCAAUUCAGGUGCUUGCCCAAGUCUAGUGCUAUUAAGCUGAUUGAUUUUGGUAGUACUGCAUUUGAUAACCAGAACCAUAGCUCCAUUGUUUCUACAAGGCAUUACCGAGCCCCUGAGAUUAUCCUAGGUCUAGGGUGGUCAUUCCCAUGCGAUUUGUGGAGUGUCGGAUGUAUUCCUUUUUGCAUGUGCAACUUUUGUCAGGGCAAAGCACUGUUUCAGACUCAUGAAAACUUGGAGCACUUGGCAAUGAUGGAGAGAGUGCUGGGGCCUCUCCCUGAGCACAUGGCUCGAAGGUCUAACCGAGGUGCUGAAAAGUAUUUUAGGCAUGGAACACGACUAAAUUGGCCUGAAGGGGCUGUUUCAAGGGAGAGUAUUCGGGCAGUGAGGAAGCUUGAUCAUCUAAAGGAACUUGUAGCACGCCAAAUGGACUCCUCAAGAUCCUCUUUAACUGAUUUGUUACAUGGAUUACUGGCCUAUGAUCCGGCUAACCGUCUAACGGCUCGCCAAGCCCUCGAUCAUCCCUUCUUUAGGAAUCCCACUUGAGAAGUUGAAUUGACAUGCCCCGGUGAUAUAAAAAUGCAGACUUUCUUGUUGGUUAUUAUGUAAAGUUCGGCUGAUCUGGCCGCAAUUUUCAGCGUAGAGGAGGGGAAUGUUUUCUAUGUGCAUAAUGGCUAGAUCCUAGAUGUUAUUGGAUUUGUAGCUGUAGUCGCCUUGAAAAUAAAUUAAAUUAAUAGGAUAUACUUGCCUUCCUUUUUAUGUUCUCAA